AAAAGGAUAGAGAGGAGUGCAGUGUUGGAGGAAUUCACUUGUUCCAGCCUAGAUUUGCUCAGCCGAUGCUCCAGGAGCGUUCAUGCUUAUGAACUGCACACAAAGCAGGAAGCGUCUCUGUGCAUUUAGUUGUGCGAUCUCUUGCGCUGAGAGGACAAUGCCUUUGAGGACCGGACUUUUUCUCCUGAUGGUGCUGAAUGCAUCUGCAUAUGAACUGGAGCAAAACGAGUCCUAUUCGCCCAGGAGAGUACGCUUUUCUGUCAACAGCCCUGCAGAUGUGGCACGCUGCCUCAACAGUGCUCUUCAAGUUGGCUGCGGAGCAUUCGCCUGCCUGGAAAACUCAACAUGUGACACAGAUGGCUUGCAUGACAUCUGCAAGUCCUUCCUGUACAGUGCUGCUAAAUUUGACACUCAGGGUAAAGCAUUUGUAAAGGACAGCCUUAAGUGCAUUGCCAAUGGCAUCAUCUCUAAGGCAUUCCCCACCAUUCGUCGCUGUUCCACCUUCCAAAGAAUGAUAACUGAAGUCCAGGAGGAAUGCUACAGCAAACUGGGCAUCUGCACUGUUGCCCAAGCCAAUCCAGAUGCUAUUGGUGAAGUUGCACAGCUGCCAAGUCAUUUCCCCAAUAGGUUUUAUGGUAAGCUCCUACAGAGCCUGAUGGACUGUGAUGAGGACACAGUGGACCGUAUUAGGACCAGCAUGGUGCCACGGCUGGGCCCAGAGAUGACCAUGCUCAUUCAGCUGCUGCAAAACAAGCCAUGCCCAUCCACUGCCGGGACAGCGGCUUCAGCAGUCCCAACUGGCGUGGAGACCCGCUCUAGCUGGCGCUGGUCCAUGGGUCCCAACAUGUACAAGAUCCAGUCUAAUCUGCGGAACAGAGACUCCGCCAGCCAUUUAGGCAAAAAGCGCCCCGCCAGCGAUGGCUCCUAACUUCUGCUCAGAUUAAGAAAACUCCACACAGUUCUCAAAACAUCACAUAAGCUCGCCUAUUCUCCAGCGGUAAUAAAAUCCGUGUCUCUGCUAGUUUGGAAGUUACUGAAAUAUGCACCUCUUGGGAAUGCCGGACCGCCCAUAGAGUUGAUAUCAGUUUGAUUGUUGUUAUAUUGUGUAUCCUACAUGUGAGGCUUGAGUGAACCCCUCUUUCAUUGACUGAUUUCAAAUAUGUCGGCUCACAGUCUGUGUUGAACAUGUGGCUGACAAAAACAAGGUGUCAUUCAAAAUUUGCUCAUAUAUAAGUCAGUAGAUUGACUAUUAUUGGUUGAAAUUAUUGGUAGAUGUAUGUCAUAUUUCUGCAACGAGACCAGUAUAAUGUGAGCAUGAGAUAUGAGUGUCAUAGCACUUAACAUAAUACUUAUAUGUACUGUAUACUAACUUAUAUGAGACAGCCAUAACCUGCCCUCCAAAAGAGUGCUCAUAUGGACUAGGUCUGCAGAGGUUUCGUGAGAACCUUGGAGAGCUUACCGUAAAGUGACCAAAAACACCUAAAACUGCCCAGAAUUCUUUCCAUGAAAAUACCAAAAUAAUGUUUAGCUAUAACACAUAGAGUUUAGGUUUUAUUUUCUGAUGGCAGAAAAGCAUUGUCCAGGUCGUGGCUAAGUCUAUCUAAUAUCUUUUUUUCAGACACUUGCAACACAUUAGACUGUUGAGCUACAUGCGGGACCAGUUUAGUUCUUAACUGAAUGCAAAACAGCCGUGUAUGUGCAGUAGCUGAAUGACAUGUUCACUAAUGAGAGUGAGAGCAGCCAUCCUCUUGGACUGUGAUGAUCACCGUUCUCAGAGGUGAAUCAUGUGACACUGACUUCCUGUAUCAAGAUAGAGACUGACUAUUUAAAAAAAAGCCUUGAUGAUAUUUAUUUUCCUACUACUUUAUUUAAUUUUUUUUAUUAUUUUAUGCGUUAUUGUAGUUUUACAUAGUUUACAGGUUAAUAGUAGUUUAAUCAUGAAGCCUAUUUGAAUAUGAGCUCUAUGCCAAAAAAAAAGGUAAAAUUUCACUCUGGUGACUGAAUGGGACCCAUGUCAUGACUCUGUGCUGGCCAUAGGGGAACAAGGUUGGUCAUUCUGGUAGGGUGAUUUAAUUUAUGGGCGUUUCAAAAGACAGCUUUGGUUUUAAAACAAAAGUUGCUGUUGUGGUUGCCAGAAGUCCAUUUUUAGAGAACAUUGUGCACUUUAGUGAAGGUUGAUGCAAACACCAGUGUAAAGUACCCUUUUAAUAAAGCAUCACUAUUGUGACGUCUUCGAUCUUUCAUACAUUUGAUCUACUUUUACUAAUUGAUUUGUGUUAGAGGUGGUGUGCUGCUUGUUUCUGGUUACCCUGUGUGGAGCAUGGAGGACAUACCAAAUUAGCUGUAACUUUGACCAGUAGGCAGCAAAGAAUGUCAUAAUGUUAUUAUAAAUGUCAUUGUUAGCUAGAGCACUUUUAAACAGCUGGGCAUAAACAGAGUUUGCCUUACCCCUGCAGCACAGCUACCUGCUAUAGGAAGUCAGAGAAGUAGCAUUUUGAUGCUCAUGAGACAUUGCCUUUAGAGUUGGGGGACGUAUAUAGGCUGGCCAUGUUCAGUAGCUUUUUGAUAUUGCAGCUGCUGUAGAGAUUGGGUAAAUAUUUCUGUUUAAUAUGCACCACAUUAAAAGAUCCUUUGGCAAUGGGUCACAGCUGCUAAUGUUCAUGGGAUUGCAAGGGAGAGCAAAAACUGUAGUGCCCAGUACAAUGUAUAUGCAUAACAUUUGUUAGUGCUUAUUGUGUCUUUAACUAGCUCUGCAUUUGUCUGCAACCCUCUUGGAGUGGUUGUCUUUACAUACACCUGUUUGCAAUCAAACUUUUUUUAAACGUAUGAAUUACUUCAUUUUUAAUGGUCUUUGACCAGUAAAUGUCAAUUUUCGCAGAGACCAAUUUCUCAUUAAAAGCUAUAAAAUAAGUAGAAACAAAAGCAGCACAGAAAAUAUAGUUUCUUGCAUUCUUGUUGUGAGCAGCUGUUAGUUAUUUAUAUUAAACAUAGAUGAAAUUACAUUGUUUUAUGACAGAGCACUCAGUUAAAGCAAGACAAAAUUAUCACGUAGUUGACAUUUCAAGCUGGCUUUAGCAUCCUAUAUUAAUAAUUUAUUAAUAUAUUAAUUAUUAUAUGAAGCAGCUGACAUUACUAAAGCAUCAGUUUUAUGUGUAUAUUCUAACAAACCUUAGAUCCAUAUCUUAAUUGUGACAGUUCCAAAUGCAAUUUGUUCUAUAACAGGUUAAAAGCUCAAAUCAAAGUAAGUCUGUUUCCGUUCUCGCUCACUUGGGGACUGUUGGAAUGGCAGACAUGUCUCAACAUGUCUGUAAAAACACAGUCUCCUUUUUUAAAUAGCUUUUUAUAUCUCUUAGCUUUCUCUGACUUUAUUGUAAACACUUCACUGAUACUAAAAAUAACUAAGAUUACAUCUUCUUUCCUCAACAACAGCAUCAACACCAAAGAGUGCAACCUGGUGCAUUCACUUAUCAGAAAAAGAUCUGACUUUUUGAGUUUCCAACUAGCCGCUCAACAGUCAAUGCUGUUUAAUGCAGAACAUUGGCCAGAUACAGUCAUCAGACUUCUCGGUGCAUCUCCAACAUAAAUAUAAAACAAAUUGAUCAUGCAGUAGUUUGGUAAAUUAUUGAGAUUAUUCUGAAAUUAUACAUCGUACUUUUUCAGCACAUUAUGAAAAGCUUCCAGUAGAUCUUAACUUGGCAACUAUAUAUUAAAUUCUGGUCUCAUUUACAGCAUCCCAAUAAUUAAAACUGAGUAGAUUGGUCAUGAGUCGUAGGCACUGAGAAGGGUCUUCAUGCUGGUGUUUGUUUUCAAUUGUACCCUAAUGAUGGAUUAUGGUUUGGCACUGUGGACUUCAUGAGAUAAUAGAUGGCUUCUGUUGGCUUAGACCAGAGUGCACUUAGUUCAGUUAGACCAACUUGUUAAAACAUGUGCAGAUAAAGAAUGCAGUAUGGAAGCAAACUUUUAAAAUUUCACUUAUUUCAAAAAUUAAACAUAACAAAUUGUUUUGAUUACAGUAGUUUUAUUAUUAAUGGUAAUUCUUUUUAUUUUGACUUCAUUAAAGGAAUUGAUAGCAGUCUCUUUUCAAUGUAAGCGAUUUUGUCUUAGAUUGCUGAGCACAGAGCUUGAAAAGAAAAAAGUUUUUCUUUCAGUCUCAUUUCAAGAACUACGCUAAGAAUUCCAAACUAUGCAAUAAUCACCCACAAAGGAUUCACUCCAACACGGAAAUUUACCUUUAUUUCACAUAUCGCCAGCUGAUGCUCACGUGAAGACAUCGCACCUUUAUGACGCUUUCUAUUUCUGUGCUUUGUCUAAAAUAGUCCUUUUUUUGUUCUGUGAACAGAAAUGCUUCUUUCAUGUCAUGCUGUGCAAAAAGGAGGAGAUGUCCCUAAAGAAAUACUCUGUAGUUAAGAACUAUAGUGACACUGUAGUGUAUACUAGCUUGUAUUUUAUUUUGAAUAUGCACUUUGCAUCUUAACCACUAUAAAGGGCAUUGAAAACAUUCAGCAUGUGUGCAACUGAGGCAUAUUUUACUUACCCAGUGAAUGGAGAUGAGUUUGAAUACUGCGUAUCCUGAAGGGUCAGGGCUUCUUAGUGUCCUAUUGAUCCAUUUGUGUGUAUCUUUGUUGACCAUGGGUAAAUCCAAAACCCAACAGCUGCUGCUAAAACUACCCUGUAUGAUGCUGGAACCUGUCAGCACACGAUGAGCUCAGCAUCAGUCAUUUAAGCGUCUUACUGUUUAUCUGUGUCUUCAUAUUUAUUUUUCUGUCAUGUCAGAUUCAUUUGGCAAGGGCAAAUUGACUGUUUCCUUACCAAGUAAAAUGUAACAGUAAUUUUAGAGAAUGUACCUGUAUACUGAAUGUCUCCAGACAAGGACAGGGCCAAGUUAGCAAAUGAAAGCUUUUGGGAAAGCUCAAAGUCAUAGAAGUUUUUUCUUUUACUUCAGUUCUUUCUUAUUUCCAUUUUAAUUUAGGUAUUGGGUGCUUGAGAUGAAACUGGAGCAUUGUUAAAUUGGCCUGUGGUGAGCUUUGUCAGGCUGUUCCUGUUACUACUCCAAACUAAAACCGUCUCUCACUUCUGGAACUUCAUGGUACUCUUUGCCCGCAAAACUUGAAAUGGAUUGUUGUGCUUUAAUUUGAAAAGCUUCAGUGAUUGGUAAAAGUCUAUUUUAGUUUUCAUACAGCAGUAACGGGAAUCUUACAGAUUCAAAUAUAUCCGAUUCAAACGUGUGUUUCUAUUAUUGGAGAUCACUGAAGUCCAUCAAUACAGAUUCUAUGUAACGCAUGAUAAACCCUUGUGAAUCACUUGCACUUUAAAAUUCACCCGUACAUAUAUAUAUGCCCACACUGUGUAUAUGUUUGGGUUUUUCCUCUGUACUGAAAAGUCAUAAAAGAUACAAAUGCAUCAACUGUGUGUCUUUUGCUGAUAAGAAAUAAAAUAUUUCUUGAAUCUA